CCUUCAUUGGAGCUAUUUGAAGAUUUUUGAAAAGCUACAAAGGUGCCCUUUUCCUCGCUCUCUCGAACUCAGCCACCCUCUAUUCCCGUCUUUUCCGGCGAAACGAGUGGCGGCGGUGCAACCAUUCACUCAGCAACAGCAGCUCUUGACGGCGGGACAAAUCCUAAGCGGCAGUGGGGUGAGUUGCAACAAUGGCGGAAGAGGAGCCGAAGCCGCUUGCAUAUAUACCAGAGGUUAUACUGAAGAAAAGAAAGAUCAAUGAAGAGACGGCACUGAGAAGAAAACAGCAGUUGGAGUUAAGGAAGCUCAGUUCCAAGAAAAAUAAGGAUGGAUUUAUUAAACUACCUGAGGAAUUUGUCAGAGAAUACCGUGCUAAGGAACUGGACCUUGUCAAAAUGAAGCACAGGACAAAGAGAAAAAGACCUGCCUUAGUGCAAUCAAAUUCAAAAUUGAUUUUUAUAAUUCGGAUACAGGGCAAGAAUGACAUGCAUCCUAAGACGAGGAAGAUCUUAUAUAAGCUCGGGCUAAGUCGGAUUUUCAGUGCAGUCUUUGCUAGGGCUAAUGAGAGUAUUCUAGGAAAGCUACAAAGGGUGGAGCCAUACAUCACAUACGGAUACCCGAAUCUUAAAAAUGUGAAGGAGCUGAUCUAUAAGAAGGGAUUCGCAAAGAUAGAUAAACAAAAACUUCCUAUAACCGACAAUAACAUCAUCGAACAGGCAUUGGGCAAGCAUGGCAUCUUGUGCAUGGAGGAUAUUGUUCACGAAAUUGCCAAUGUGGGCCCACACUUUAAGGAGGUAAUUUCAUUUUUAUGGCCCUUUGAACUUGACAGGCCAAGGGAAGGACUUCAAGGUGAAAAGACUUUAUACAAGGAGGGUGGAGAUGCAGGUAGUAGAGAGGAUCACAUCAAUGAUCUGAUUAGUGAGAUGAAUUAGGGCUGAGAUAUAUAUAUUUUUUUUAAAAAGUUAGGUUUUAGGGAAGCCUGAAAGGAACCAGUAGUUUAUGCAGUGCAAUGCAAUUUUGUAAGCUAUUACGAGUGUGUAACUUGUUCAAACUCAUAUACUUGUUUUUCUAUGGUAUUUCUAAUGUAUCUGAGAAAAAGAAAAAGUUUAGAUCUGUUAUUUAUUUUAACAUA